AUGCAAAUGAGGUGGUGCGCAGUUGGCCUGCACCUCCACUGUUCCCAGAGAGGGCCAGCAAAGCCACUAAGGGCCUCAGCCCUCGUGGCCUUGAACCCUGAGGACCCCUGUGGGGGGUUCCACCACACCAAGGUGGACCUCAUCAACGAGAAGAUGGCCGGGCACGUGAAAGGCCCCAAGUUCUACCUUAAGAAUAUGUCCUUGUCCUGGGAGGAGGUGGAGGACAAGCUCAGGGCCAUCCUGGAGGACAGCAAUGUGCCCAGCGAGGCCAAGGAGGCCUGCACCUGGGGCGGCCUGGCCCUGGGUGUGCGCUUCGCUCACAGGCAGAGCCUGUUACAGGGGCACAGGGUGCAGCAGCUGUACAACUUCGCCAAGCCGCACAGGUCGGCCAUGCAGGCCCUGGCAGCAGACCUCAAGGAACUCAAUGCGCAGCAGGAGCUGGAGCGCAAGGAGGCAGCCCUUCAGCUUCAGCUGCUCCAGGCCUCCCUGGCGGAGGUGCAGAUGGAGCGGGACUGGCUGAGGUGGAAGCUCCUCCAAGAUGAAUUGCAGCAGCCCCUGGAGCGGGCCACAGGGUGGCCAAGCCUGGCCACUGCUGGUGGGGCUGGGACAGAAGAAGAAGGUGAGGAGGAAGAGGAGGCGGAAGCCACAUGGUGGCCAAGUGUGGCAACUGCUGGUGGGGCUGAGACAGAAAGAGAAGAAGGAGAAGAAGAGAGGGAUGCGGCAGGGGCUGCCACCGCCCCUGGUAUCGAGGCGGCACAGGAGCUGGGUGGAAGCUUCCUGCAGCUUUUUGGAGCAGUGGAGCGAAAAAUUUUCACCUCCAGAGGGCAGAGGGAGGGCGAGCUCAGACCCACCCACACCCGCACCAGCCCCACCAGCAGCCACCUUCACAGCAGCAGCUCCACCUGA